UGACGGAAGCUACAUAUAUGUACUUGAAUUAAAUAACAAUGAAAACUACUCGCAAGUGGCAGACAGACUCCUAUGUUUGUUUGUGCCAGUGAUUUCGAGCGUGAUCGAUUCUUGGCCAUUGUACAGGUCCAGUACGUUUUGGCGGCAUUGGUUGAUCGUCUGCCGCAGCUGAGGGUGCUGCGCAUACACGUUCGGAUUCACGUCGAGGAGGCUCGGUACGCGGAUGGCGAUGCCCACGCCGGUGCCCCGGCCGGACACCCCGCUCAGUUGGCGCGUGGGUCGAAGCGAGGAGGUGGCGCCAUUGUUCGAUCGGAUGGAGCUCAUGGCCGUCUCCAGGUCGGAGCGCAUGCUGGAGAUAGCCAGCUCCACGUCCGACCGCAUACUCGACAUGACGGCUGGCUCGGACCAAAACUCGGACGGCCGCGCGUACGAAGUCCCCGACGGCGCUGCGAAGGGUUUCGCGGAAUGAAAGGUCGUAGGGAACGGAGGAUGGUCCUCGUCCGAGUCGUAAAACCGAGGACGCGUGCGCAGGAUGGCCAAGAACAAGGCGCCGCCCAUGCCGAAGCAUGCGAGCACUCCGCACAUAAUGGCCAAAAUGGUCGACGUAGACAUCCCGUCCGGCGAUGCGGACUGAACCGCCAGGCCCGAUGAAGGCGAAGGAGUCGAUGGGGACGGCUGCGUAGGCGGUGGCUUGCUGAUGGAGCCAGGCGAGGCCGUGUCUGUUCCUGGAUUGUCAUUCCCUGCUGCCGCCUUGUCGCCCGAUUCGGGACUGGUAGUGGCCGGUAGCUUGGGCAACAGCGACGGAAGCUCUGACGUGUGCGACGAGGUACUGCUCGGUGAUGGACUCGCCUCUUGGUCUUCGUCGUCAUGGGAGGGCUGGGGCGUUGCUAGCGAGGGUAGAGUGAACUUUUUGGAGGGUUCAAUUAGAUUGGACGGCAUGGGAGUUUCUGAGGUGGUAGGAGACUGUAACGUGGUCACGGAAGGCGUUUUGGUCGAUGUCGAGCCAGGCCUUAGAGUGGCAUUGUUGGUGGUCGGAAGAGGGGUUGUGAUGAGAGGGGUAGUCACCUUGGUGGUACUGUUGGGUGCUGGAAGGACAUCGUUCAGCAUUCUACCACCCUCCGAAGCGAUACUCGAGCAACA